UUUCCCUAAAUACCAUUAUAGCUUUUAAGUCUGCAGUUAAUACAAUUGAUUGGUUGCUGUUAAACAACUUAAAGUAAUUAUGCACCUGCCCCACUGUGGAUUUUGAGGUCUGUGUGCAGGUCACUGAGGUGCAUAAGAUAGCUUCCUUCCCUCUGGAAAUAGGCCCACCUCCUUGCCGGUUCUAUGUGAGGAGCCCUAUAGAUGUAGGUGCGAAGAGUACUUUUGUGCCCUAUGUGAGUAGUGCAAGGCCCUGAGACAAGCUCACGACAAAGAGAGUAUAUGUUUAGAAUGCUACAAUAGUUUGGAAUAUGGUGCAGGGUGUGGAAGUCCUGUCCAGGCACAUGAAUUGAUUUUGGGUUUGGUUUAGGUCUAGGAGAGAUGUGCGGGAAGCCAGGGGCUCCAGUGCUAAAGGAUCCUUGCCCUGCUUAGGUGGGCUGAACAAACACUGCCUGCAGGUUGGGACCCUUCUGCAGUGGGCACCAGACCAGCCAGAAUUUCAGGGAGGAUCUGAGGCCUGCUUGUGCCAGUUUUCUCUUCUGUAAAAAGCUAAUGAAUGUUGGAAAACAGGCUCUCAGUAGAUACCAGUCAUUAACAGCAAGGGUCUGGGCACACAGAAUGCUUGCCUAGCAUCAGUGAAGCCCUGGGUUCAGUCUCCCAGCACCACAUAAAACUGGGUGUGGUAGCAAAUAGCUAUAAUUCCAGCAUGCGAGUUGUGAAGGCAGGAGGAUCAGAAGUUGAAGGUCAGUGAUUUUGAAGCGUCAUGAACUAGAUGAGACCCUGUCUCAAAACAAAACAAGCAAUUGUAUCCCGUCGUCCCCACCUACCCCCCCCCAACAAAAAAACUAAGGCAUCUUUGCACUUGACAUUUGUCUAUGGCCCCCUCUUCAGCUGAAUGACUUCUUGGUGCUGCUUUACUCAGGAAAGUCUGUUCUGGAUAAGAGGCAGGCUCAUAGUUAGGCAUGGGGUGUCCUGAUACUGCAGCAGGAGUCUUUGUAAGCUAGUCUGGAGUCAGGAUCCUUUUGAAAUAAAAAGAGGGACACAGUGGGGUGAUCGGACUGAACAUGAGCUUCUUAUCCUGACUACCUCCUGGCCCUCUGGGGUUUGUUACGGCAUCUCCAGGGUUGGGUGGUGGCAUUGUUGCCCGCUCAGCCAGGCAGAAGCAGGCCAAGCAAUGAAGUAGUUGCUGUAGGUAGGAUGGGCUGGGGCCCGGUUUAAAGCUCAGGCCCCACAGAACUACCUGGAGGCCAAGGCUUUGGGCCUUUUCUUAGGUGUGGGUGAUGGUGGAACAGGGAGAGGGUGAGGUCAGCCGGGAAGUCAUGGUCAUGUGUGUGGGCAAUGGGAAGUAGAGUAUUCCGUGAGGCUGUUUGAUCCCAGAGCAAAUGGUCGUGUCGAGGUAGCAGUGUGUGUUUGCAGUUUAAAUGCAGGGGGUUUUUACAGGCCCAUUUCGGGAAUUGCCACCAGAGAUACCCCCUCCCUCAGCAGAAGAGGGACCUCAGUCUCAUUCUGCACUUUUCCGAAUUGGACAGAUGAACAAUGUGGAGCUGGACGAUGAGCUUCUGGACCCGGAUGUGGACCCUCCUCACACCUUCCCCAAGGAGAUUCCACACAAUGAGAAGCUCCUCUCCCUCAAGUAUGAGAGCCUGGACUAUGACAAUAGCGAGAACCAGCUCUUCCUGGAAGAGGAGAGACGAAUCAACCAUACGGCUUUCCGGACGGUGGAGAUCAAGCGCUGGGUUAUCUGUGCCCUCAUUGGAAUCCUCACAGGCCUGGUAGCCUGCUUCAUUGACAUUGUAGUGGAGAACCUGGCAGGCCUCAAGUACAGAGUCAUCAAGGACAACAUCGACAAGUUCACAGAGAAAGGCGGCCUGUCCUUCUCCCUCCUGCUGUGGGCCACACUGAACUCCGCCUUCGUGCUCGUCGGGUCCGUGAUUGUGGCCUUCAUAGAGCCAGUUGCUGCUGGUAGCGGAAUCCCCCAGAUCAAGUGCUUCCUCAAUGGGGUGAAGAUCCCCCACGUGGUGCGGCUCAAGACGCUGGUGAUCAAGGUGUCCGGUGUGAUUCUGUCUGUGGUAGGGGGACUGGCUGUAGGAAAGGAAGGGCCAAUGAUCCACUCAGGUUCAGUGAUCGCUGCUGGGAUUUCACAGGGAAGGUCGACAUCACUCAAGCGAGAUUUCAAGAUCUUUGAAUACUUCCGCAGAGACACAGAAAAGCGGGACUUUGUCUCAGCUGGAGCUGCAGCUGGAGUGUCUGCUGCAUUUGGAGCCCCUGUGGGUGGGGUUCUGUUCAGCCUGGAGGAAGGCGCCUCCUUCUGGAAUCAGUUCCUGACAUGGAGAAUUUUCUUUGCUUCCAUGAUUUCCACCUUUACACUGAAUUUUGUUCUGAGCAUCUACCAUGGAAACAUGUGGGACCUGUCCAGCCCAGGCCUCAUAAAUUUUGGAAGAUUCGACUCAGAGAAAAUGGCCUACACCAUCCAUGAGAUUCCUGUCUUCAUCGCCAUGGGUGUAGUGGGAGGUAUUCUUGGAGCUGUGUUCAAUGCCUUGAAUUACUGGCUAACCAUGUUUCGAAUCAGGUACAUCCACCGGCCCUGCCUCCAAGUGAUUGAGGCCAUGCUGGUGGCUGCUGUCACAGCCACAGUGGCGUUCGUCUUGAUUUACUCAUCUCGAGAUUGCCAACCCCUGCAGGGAAGUUCCAUGUCCUACCCGCUCCAGCUCUUCUGUGCAGAUGGCGAAUACAACUCCAUGGCUGCAGCCUUCUUCAACACCCCUGAGAAGAGUGUUGUCAGCCUUUUCCAUGACCCACCAGGCUCCUACAAUCCCAUGACCCUAGGCCUGUUCACUCUGGUCUACUUCUUCCUGGCCUGCUGGACCUAUGGCCUCACAGUAUCUGCUGGUGUCUUCAUCCCAUCCCUGCUCAUUGGGGCUGCCUGGGGCCGACUCUUUGGCAUCUCCCUGUCCUACCUCACAGGGGCAGCGAUCUGGGCAGACCCGGGUAAAUAUGCCCUGAUGGGAGCUGCUGCUCAGCUUGGUGGGAUCGUGAGAAUGACCCUUAGCCUGACAGUCAUCAUGAUGGAGGCCACCAGCAACGUGACCUACGGCUUUCCCAUCAUGCUGGUGCUGAUGACUGCCAAGAUUGUGGGCGAUGUCUUCAUUGAGGGCCUCUAUGACAUGCACAUCCAGCUGCAGAGUGUGCCCUUCCUGCACUGGGAGGCCCCGGUCACCUCACACUCGCUCACUGCCAGGGAAGUAAUGAGCACACCUGUAACCUGCCUGAGACGGAGAGAGAAGGUUGGAGUCAUCGUGGAUGUUCUAAGCGACACAGCAUCCAAUCAUAAUGGAUUCCCCGUGGUGGAGGAUGUGGGAGACACCCAGCCAGCCAGGCUCCAAGGCUUGAUCCUGCGCUCCCAGCUCAUCGUGCUCCUGAAGCACAAGGUGUUUGUGGAGAGGUCGAACAUGGGUCUGGUACAGCGGCGGCUGAGGCUGAAGGACUUCCGUGAUGCCUACCCACGCUUCCCCCCAAUCCAGUCCAUUCAUGUAUCCCAGGAUGAGCGGGAGUGCACCAUGGAUCUCUCUGAAUUCAUGAACCCCUCUCCCUACACAGUGCCCCAGGAGGCAUCUCUUCCUCGAGUGUUCAAGUUGUUCCGGGCUCUGGGCCUGAGGCACCUGGUGGUAGUAGACAACCGCAAUCAGGUGGUCGGCCUGGUGACUAGGAAGGACCUGGCAAGAUACCGCCUAGGGAAGGGAGGCCUUGAAGAGCUUUCACUGGCCCAGACGUGAGGGUUGGCUCUACCCUUGUGCAGUGGCACCCGAGCCCCUCUGCACCUCCUCCCAGGGUCCCUGGUCUCAGCCAAAGCCUUGCCCCCUGGGCAGUGCAACAGCAGGAGCAAAUGCCCUCCUGGGCCUGGCUGGUGUGGGGCCAGACCCUUUGUCUUGGGCAGUUGGUUUACAUCAGCAGCACUUCCCUUGUCCCCAGACCCUCCACCCCUUGGACUUGCCCCUCUCCUGGGUUCCUCCUCCAAGGAUGAAAUGGUGUGUGAUCACACCCCUUGUGGCUCACUUCUCAGAGCCAAUAGAGGCUGGUGUGUGUGUGUGUGUGUGUGUGUGUGUGUGUGUGUGUGUGUGUGUGUGUGUGUAUGUGAGAGAGAGAGAGAGAGAGAGAGAGAGAGAGAGAGAGAGAGAGAGAGAGAGAGAGAGAUAGGGGGUGCAGGCAGGCGUGAGCUCCUACCUAUUGCUGUUUCUUCUGAUUCUGAGCACCUAUGCUGUGGUUGUGGUUGUACUGCCCAGACCAGCCAAGAGCUUCAGCAGCAAGGGCAUGAGGAGCUGCGCGGCCUGGAGCAGGCUCUACUGGGGAGCCUACAUGUGCCAUCCCAUGUCUUUAUCCAGAAGAUGGGGAGACUGGUUCUAUGCCUAGGGCUUGAGAGCUGAAAAUCACAUGAAGACUGAAUCUGAGUUCACCUACAUCUGCCCCAGGCUGGAGGUCAUGGCAUUGUGGACCACAGCAGGUCUUCCCGCGGCACUUAGGACCCUGAUGGCCAUAGUGGCUUUGCUAUUGACUGUACUGUGUACACCCUUGGGCAAUGGCCUUCCAGGACCUGGCCAUCCAAGGGUGGCCCUAAGAUGGACCUGUAGCAUCAGAGCCAAGGAGCCUCACCUCUAACCCUGUAUUGUCAAAGCUGGCUCCACUGGACCAAGCUAAACCUGAAAUCCAGAGUCAGUCUUCUCCCCAGGACGCAUUGUAAAGGUAGUUGCAGUUGUUUCUGACAUGUCUGUUACAAGGCCACAUAGGUCCUUCUUUGGAAAGCUGCCAUCUGCUGCCUCUCAGUUGUCCUCCCUCCAAAGGCCUGGCUCUUCCUUCUAUGAGGAGAUUGACUAAGUGUGUCGUUGAGUUUGGAUAUGGAAAUGAGAGACUCCUUUUCUCUGUCUAGGGCUCAGCAUUCUGGGGAGUUAGGCACUCAGCAUGUUGAUAAAAUAAGUGCACCUUCUAUGGACAGUAGCUGCUGUCUGUGAUGGGCAGUGGUUGCAACUCUUGAGGAGUACUGCAGCUAGCCCAGGGCCCAGUAGGGGGGUCAUCCAGGGGCCCUGACCUCCUCAUCCCCAUCUUACAGCCUCGCUCUCAGGCUCACUGCAGAGUGUGGUUUCUCUCACCUGCUUGGAUGACAUCCUGUCUGUCCCCAAGCCUGGGCAUGCCAGGCUCUGCAUGACAAGAAGUUUAACUGACCCACCAUGCCUGCUCCGCUGGCCCUGGUGGGUAGGUCUUCGUGACAAAGCCAGGGGUGCUCUGGAUUGGGAAGGGCCAUAUCUAAGUUGAACCCAAGGGCAUGAAGAACACUGCACAGGGCCUCAGAGACUCGGUACCAAAAACGCAUGUGCAAUCUGUCCACAGUCUGUGUUGACUACAUGUUGAAAUGAUAUUUUUGGAUAUAUUAGGUUAAAUAAAACAAAACGUCUCUCCCAA